CCAAUAUUUAAAUUGAUUUUACGGCAUUUGUUUUAAUAUUAGUCAUUUACUAAGUGGUUUUAUAUCACAGUAGGUAACACAGUUCUUUGUUGAAAAUGCUUAUAAGUAGACAACGUUUUUGGUUUGCGUAGGUAGUGUGUGAUAUCUGUGUUUUAGUUGAAUGUAAAUGUUCGUAUCAGACGCGCUGAAGUCGGACUACAUAUUUUGGAUCUUUCCAAUCGUAAUUCUCCUCGGUGCCAUCGUGAUACUCGGUCUACUGGUUAUUCUAUUCCUUGUGCGUCUGUACGCCCAAUUGACCUGCGGAAUGUACCGUGAAAAGACCAGAAUGGACGGAAAGACCGUCAUCGUGACGGGAUGCACCAGCGGUAUAGGGAAGGAGACAGCGCGGGAACUUGCGAAAAGAGGCGCGAAAGUUAUCAUGGCAUGUCGAAAUUUAGAACUUGCUGAGAAAAUUAAAGAUGAAAUCAUCAAGGAAACGGACAACGAGAAGGUUCUCGUGAAAAAACUAGAUCUCUCAUCAUUUGCGUCGAUACGCGCUUUUGCUGAAGAUAUCAACAAAAGCGAACAAAAACUCGACGUUUUGAUCCACAACGCGGGCUACGCAAAUUCAUUCACAAAGAAGAAAACAGAAGAUGGCCUUGAAAUGACGAUGGCCACUAAUCACUAUGGCCCGUUUUUGCUCACACAUCUUCUAAUUAAAUUGCUUAAAAAGAGUUCUCCGUCAAGAAUUGUAGUUGUCGCGUCUUCUCUCUACAGACUAGCUAGGCUUAAUUUAGACAACCCAAACCCAUUGGAAACCUUCCCAGGCUACCUGUAUUACGUGUCCAAGGAAGCCAACAUUCUUUUUACUAAAGAAUUGGCGCGACGCCUUGAAGGCACAGGGGUGACUGCAAAUUGUCUGCACCCUGGCUUAAUUGAUACAGGCAUUUGGAGCUCUGUACCCGCUCCUCUCAGUUGGGGCCUAAAUUUGAUUAUAAAGGGCUUCUUCAAGACUCCGGAACAGGGUUGCCAGACUACAAUAAUGUUGGCGGUUGACGAAAAAUUGGGAAAAACUACCGGGCAAUACUUUUUUGACUGUCAGGAAAGUACAGUUUCUGAUUCAGCCAGCGAUAUGGGUAAGGCGAGAAAAUUCUGGGAGAUUUCAGAAAAACUUGUGCAUUUGGAAGAAAACGAUCCUAGAAUUUAAGUACUUUUGUAUCGAGAGUACAAUGCAUAUUAUUAUAAUUUAACUAAGAUAUAUCAAAAAUGUAUUAAACUAUUAAAGCAAAGUUUAAUGUUGUUAUGUAGUAGUGUACACUAACAACUACAUGUAUAGAGUUGUAUUUUAAUUUAUUUUUGUAUUUUUUAAAUAAAAAUAUUGACAACUAA